AUGGCCACAACGGGUCUUAUCUCGAGGGCCUACUGCGCGUCUUACGUCUUGUUUUCAAGCAUCGAGCUCACAGAAAUUUCACCAUCGACUUCAUCCUCCCUCAGCCUCGCGCCACUCGCCUACGAUCAAACUACAACCGUGGUCUCGCGAGGCAUGGAAACCGUGCGAAGCAUCGGCGAUGGCUCAGAACCUGCUUCCCUAGAAGAUGCCUUCACACCCACAGUGCACUUCCAGAUUGAAACCACCGGAAAGCAAUGGCUCUCGCUCCCCAUCGGCACCCGACCAGACCCGAUCGCAAUCUACCAUGUCGAAGCGGGUUCCUGGAGCGCGGAGUCUAUCCCGGCGUACAUGUCCCUCCGCUUCUCCCGCAACGACGGAAGCUGCCACCUCCUGAGAGGCGACGACGCAUCCCAGACGCCUGUCUGCACGACGCUCUACCGCUUCGGGCCGGGGAAGCCUCCCAUCUUUCGACCGUCGCAGGCCCUCGCGGCGCUUCACGCACCUGCGUCUUCCGCUUCUCCUGAUUCCUCUUCGACAGAGGUCUCAUUCCAAGAAGAGCAGACUAGUGGCAGCGAGGUAGAUGUGGGCGCAGACCUCCCAAUCGUCUCCAAGUCCCUCACCUCCCGCACCCAGAUCCUGAAGACGCCUCUGGGUAUCUUCCAGUGGCGUCACGCCACACGCAAAGAACGCGCUACCAUACCUGGCGCCGACCAGCUACUCGUCUGCGAGCUUGUGCAGACCAUUGCGCUGGCUGGUGGUAAAAAGACGGAGGAGAGCAGGACGAGGAUUGCGCAGUUCGUACGUGGGAAGGAGACGAGGACUCGAGUACCCCUAGAGGCCGGGCGCGUCCGGUAUCGUGUAAGAUCGUAG